GUGCUCUGCUGGCUCAGCCUGGUGUGGACCCACCUCCCGGGCGCUGGCUGCAAUGACUUUCUCUUUCCCUUUGCAAUUGCCUUGGGUCCUGCCGCACAGAGCGGCCUGUCUUUAUCAGAGGUCCCUCUGCCAGGGGGAGGGCCCCAGAGAAAACCAGAAAGAGGGUGAGAGACUGAGGAAGAUAAAGCAUCCCAGGGCCUCCUACAUCAGCGCCUGAGCAGGAAGGGGGAGGGGCCAUGACUCACCGGGCCCUGGGAGGUCACUUUAGGACGGCUCCUAAAACCAGAAGCCUGGAGCAGAAAGUGAAACCCUGGUGCUCCAGACAAAGAUCUUAGUCGGGACUAGCCGGCCAAGGAUGACGCCUCAGUUCAGAAACACAGUGGAGCGAAUGUAUCGAGACACAUUCUCCUACAACUUUAAUAAUAGACCCAUCCUUUCUCGUCGGAAUACCGUCUGGCUGUGCUAUGAAGUGAAAACAAAGGAUCCCUCAAGGCCCCCUUUGGACGCAAAGAUCUUUCGAGGCCAGGUGUAUUCCGAACUUAAGUACCACCCAGAGAUGAGAUUCUUCCACUGGUUCAGCAAGUGGAGGAAGCUGCAUCGUGACCAGGAGUAUGAGGUCACCUGGUACAUAUCCUGGAGCCCCUGCACAAAGUGUACAAGGAAUGUGGCCACAUUCCUGGCCGAGGACCCGAAGGUUACCCUGACCAUCUUUGUUGCCCGCCUCUACUACUUCUGGGACCAAGAUUACCAGGAGGCGCUUCGCAGCCUGUGUCAGAAAAGAGACGGUCCGCGUGCCACCAUGAAGAUCAUGAAUUAUGACGAAUUUCAGCACUGUUGGAGCAAGUUCGUGUACAGCCAAAGAGAGCUAUUUGAGCCUUGGAAUAAUCUGCCUAAAUAUUAUAUGUUACUGCACAUCAUGCUGGGGGAGAUUCUCAGACACUCGAUGGAUCCACCCACAUUCACGUCCAACUUUAACAAUGAACAUUGGGUCAGAGGACGGCAUGAGACUUACCUGUGUUAUGAGGUGGAGCGCCUGCACAAUGACACCUGGGUCCUGCUGAACCAGCGCAGGGGCUUUCUAUGCAACCAGGCUCCACAUAAACACGGUUUCCUUGAAGGCCGCCAUGCAGAGCUGUGCUUCCUGGACGUGAUUCCCUUUUGGAAGCUGGACCUGCACCAGGACUACAGGGUUACCUGCUUCACCUCCUGGAGCCCCUGCUUCAGCUGUGCCCAGGAAAUGGCUAAAUUCAUUUCAAAUAAGAAACACGUGAGCCUGUGCAUCUUCGCUGCCCGCAUCUAUGAUGAUCAAGGAAGAUGUCAGGAGGGGCUGCGCACCCUGGCCGAGGCUGGGGCCAAAAUUUCAAUAAUGACAUACAGUGAAUUUAAGCACUGCUGGGACACCUUCGUGGACCACCAGGGAUGUCCCUUCCAGCCCUGGGAUGGACUAGAGGAGCACAGCCAAGCCCUGAGUGGGAGGCUGCAGGCCAUUCUCCAGAAUCAGGGAAACUGAAGGAUGGGCCUCAGUCUCUAAGGAAGGCAGAGACCUGGGUUGAGCAGCAGAAUAAAAGAUCUUCUUCCAAGAAAUGCAAACAGGCUGUUCACCACCAUCUCCAGCUGAUCACAGACACCAGCAAAGCAAUGCACUCCUGACCAAGUAGAUUCUUUUAAAAAUUAGAGUGCAUUACUUUUAAUCAAAAAUUUAUUUAUGUUUCAAGAAUAAAGUACUAAGAUUGUGCUCAAUAUACUCAGAAAAGUUUCAAACCUACUAAUCCAGUGACAAUUUGAAUCGGUUUUAUAAGUAGAGGAAUAAAAUGAAAUACUAAAUCUUUCUGUA